GGUAAGGGGUCCGGUGACCUUUAUCUGUCUUUGGGGUACAAACAUGAGUUUAGGUUUAAACAAUAAGGGUUGGGUAGGGACAAGAGGUGUGCAUAAUUAAGUAGUCCAGGUCUUGUGGUCUCGUGAGGGCUUGGGCUCACAAGGUGGUCUUCUGAACUCUUCACCUUUGAGGAGACAGGGUGGCUCUCUCAAGAUGACAGCUGCUGCCCCUGGUGUGGCCUCACCAACACUGGGUGCUGGGCUGUCCUGUGAGCUGGUGCUAUUCUGGGAAUCUGAGUUGCAUUGAUUACUUUUUUGGUAGCUGUAACAAAAUACCUGAGGAAAAUCAACUUAAUGAAGAAAAGGGCUUAUUUUGGCUCACAGGGUGCCAUCCCUUCAUCGGGAAGUCACUGUCAGAGGAAGGCAGCUGGUCACGUGUUGCAUCUGUCAGAAACCAGGAGUGCUGGGUGCACAUCUCCUUUGUACUCAGUUCAGGACCCCAGCUCAGGAACAGUUGAGGGUUCUUCCUGCCUUAAGUAGCCCGGUCUAGAAACUCCCUCAAAGGCUUGUCACCCAAUAACCCUAGACCCUGCCAAGUUCAAUUUCCACACUGACCGUCCCUCAAGGUGGCUCAAGAGGAAGGCUGAAGACUCCAAGGAUGAUGACUCAUGUCUGCACCUACAGCCAGAGCGAGGCAGGGACACCGGCCCUUCCUGCUUCUGCUGCUCUGUGACUCCAGGCAAGCAGCUUGGUCUCCUGCAUCCCUAUCCCAUCUGUUCCCUAAGUGCAGGUUCCUUAGCAUGACAGGGAGAGGGCCACACUGCAUGUCCGCCACCAGGAGAAUGGAGUCAGUGCCUACCAUGUGUGCUUCCGAGAAGGCACAGAACACAGAGGCGCUCCGGGAUGCUCCGUCCACAGGGCAGUUAGGACAGGAGGCAAACGCUGUCACCUUUCCCUUUGGUUCUGGCUUUGAGAUGGGAUGAUGUCAGCAGUGUCUGUCAGAGCGUGAACCAGAUGACUUCUAUGGAAGUGCACACAACAAGCCAGAUCCACCCACAGGCCAUGAGACCUUGGGGGUCUGCCCCGAGGAAGCCUGGCUGCUCAGAAACACUCUUAGAAAGACAUAGGCCUGUCCCUGUGGGGCUGGUGGAAGGCAGGGCCUACACUCAGCACUGCCCUGGUGACGGCUUCUCUGAGGCUGGAGCCCCCAGCUUGGCAUGCAUGGGGCAGGGGCUAGCAGAGAAGGUUCUGGAGCCGAGGGCACAGGCAAGUUCAGUUCCCCAGAGUCUGUUUUCAGAUGACACACGUGUCCAAGUGUUAACUGACCCGACGCCUGGGACCACAGGCUCAGGGUUUCAGCGCUGCAUAGCUGGGGUCUGCUUGUCCAUGUGGUGACUCACUGCAUCUACGCCACACCUCUGAAGUCUCCCUUCCUUUGCUCCAUGAGAUUAUUUAAAACCAAAGCACCUCCGGUGUUCGAGGGCUUAGUUUUCAGAAAAGCAAUAAUUUCUAUUAUCUUACAUUUUAUCUAUAUGUUGUUAUUACACAUUGAUUUGGGGACUUUAGCAUGGCAAUUAUUUUACGGAUCUUUACCUUCCAGGCCCUGAGUUCUGAGGACAAAACUGGGAGAUCUGACAUUUUGUGUCUUGAUCCUUAGUUCAGUGCUGAACCCAACAUAUACACUGUUGACAUGGCAUCCUGGUACAUACGUGUCUGACGCCAGGAUGUUCAUGCUGGAGCACAUGGAUGUCAUUGGAAGCUGUGGUCCUAGGGCACACGCAAUCGUCUCUAUGGCUACUGACACAUACAUGUUGGACACUGUGGGGAUACAGCACAGUCUACGGAGCCAUAGUGUCGAAGCACAUAUGUUGGCCAAUGUGGUGCCGAUGCAUAUAAUCUUAAAUAUUGGUCUUGGCGCACAUGUAUGUUACUGCAUGUACAACAUGUUGUCACAUACAUGUUGCUGGCCACCAUGGUGCUGGUACAUAUACAUGUUGGUGCAUGUUUGCAUUGUUGCACACCAUGGUGCUGAUAUACUCAUGUUAUUGGAGUUUGUGGUCCUGGGGCUCACACGUGUUACUGAAAACCACGGGGCCAUGGCACUCAUCCCGCUGGCAUGAACUAGUGUGAACUUUUCCAGCCCUGUACAAAAUUCGAAUCUCUUAUAAACACUCCAUCUCUUUAGGAAGCAUGCGACCUGUCCUACCAAACAAUAAAAAGAUGGCCAGCAGCUGGAGGGGCUGGUGUGCACCACCCUGUGCAUUGCAACAGUAUGCUGUGCACCAAAAGCCCGGAACCGGUGUGGAGCUCGUGGUGUCAGAUGCAGAAUGUGGCCCUCUGCCAAACAUGGCGAGGUUAGAGAGCCCUGGGCCUACAGCUGAGCUUCCUUCUCGCAGACCUGUGUCUUAGGUCUGGCACCGUCCUUGCGGGGAGAGUCAAGUCCUGCCCCAGCUACCCACCGACUCCUCUUACCUGGGCAUGAGACCUCGUGGGGAGCGCGCUCUGGGCUGCUGUGGCCUCUGCACCUGCCCGGCAGCGGCAGGAGGUAAAGGGGGCCUGGGGCAGGAAGUAAAGGGAGCAUUGAGCUCAGGCUUGGUGUUCUUUGGGUGGUUUGGGACAGCGUCCCUGCAGCAGCGUUUUCCAACCCCAGAGGACAGAAGCCCUAGGGAAAAGGGGGGGGGGGGCAAGGGCGGACCUGUGCGCCUGCGUAGCGGGGCUUUCAGAUGCCCCCUUGAUGCAAACUAGCCUCCCAGGUGCUCAGGUGGUGCACACGCAUGACUCCAGGUGCGGGGUGGUGACACGCCCGGCAGGCUCAGUGCUUCCGCUUCCGCCUAGCGCCCCCCGCUCCCCCAUCAACGCAAAGCGCGCCCCCCUCCCUGUGGCGCGGAGACCAAUCCUGGGAAGCCAAGGAAAGCGCCACAACCCCCUCCCCGCUCCAGCCGCGCCCCCUCCCCACGCUCAGCCCCACCCGACAGCACCUCUGGUGCAGCGGAGGACGAUCUUCUGGGGAUCGGUUUUGUUGAGUCGGAGAAUGAGGUUUUGGCUGAGAAAUGAAGAGAUGGCCCUAGAAGAAAUGGUGCAGAGAUUAAACGCGGUUUCCAAGAACACUGAUGAAAUCAUGCACCAGGACAUCGUCCCACUCUGUGCCGCUGACAUCCAGGAGCAGCUGAAGAAGCGCUUUGCUUACCUGUCUGGUGGGCGGGGACAGGACGGAAGCCCAGUCAUCACCUUCCCAGACUACCCAGCCUUCAGCGAGAUCCCGGACAAGGAGUUCCAGAAUGUCAUGACCUAUCUCACCAGCAUCCCCAGUUUGCAAGAUGCUGGCAUCGGGUUCAUCUUGGUCAUAGACCGAAGACAGGACAAAUGGACUUCUGUGAAGGCGUCAGUCCUGCGAAUAGCCGCAUCAUUCCCAGCCAACCUGCAGCUCGUCCUCGUUCUCCGACCCACGGGCUUCUUCCAGAGGACUCUCUCGGACAUAGCCUUCAAGUUCAACAGAGAUGAGUUUAAGAUGAAAGUACCGGUCAUGAUGCUAAGCUCAGUGCCAGAACUACAUGGCUACAUUGACAAGUCACAGCUGACCGAGGACCUUGGGGGGACCCUGGACUACUGCCACUCCAGGUGGCUGUGCCACCGCACAGCGAUUGAAAGCUUCGCCCUGAUGGUGAAGCAGACAGCCCAGAUGCUGCAGGCCUUUGGGACCGAGCUGGCCGAGACUGAGCUGCCCAACGACGUCCAGUCAACCAGCCUGGUGCUCAGCGCACACACAGAGAAGAAGGCUAAAGUGAAGGAGGAUCUGCAGCUGGCGCUGACGGAGGGGAACAGCAUCCUUGAGAGCCUCAGGGAGCCGCUGGCUGAGAGCAUAGUCCACAGUGUGAACCAGGACCAGCUGGACAAUCAGGCCACUGUGAAGAGGCUCCUGACCCAGCUGAAUGAGACCGAGGCUGCCUUUGACGAGUUCUGGGCAAAGCAUCAGCAGAAGCUGGAACAGUGCCUACAGCUGCGACAUUUUGAACAAGGUUUCCGGGAGGUCAAAACCGCCUUGGAUUCCAUGUCCCAGAAGAUAGCCGCGUUCACAGAUGUUGGCAACAGCCUGGCCCAUGUGCAGCACCUCCUGAAGGACUUGACCACCUUUGAGGAGAAGUCCAGCGUGGCCGUGGACAAGGCCAGAGCCCUGUCCCUGGAGGGGCAGCAGCUGAUUGAGAACCGGCACUAUGCUGUAGACUCUAUCCAUCCGAAGUGUGAGGAACUCCAGCACCUCUGUGACCACUUCGCCUCUGAGGUCACCAGGAGGCGGGACCUUCUCAGCAAGUCCUUGGAGCUGCAUAGCCUCCUGGAGACGUCCAUGAAGUGGAGCGACGAGGGCAUCUUCCUGCUGGCCUCUCAGCCUGUGGACAAAUGCCAAUCUCAGGAUGGUGCGGAGGCAGCCCUGCAGGAGAUCGAGAAGUUUCUGGAGACCGGUGCAGAAAACAAGAUUCAGGAGCUCAAUAAGAUUUACAAGGAAUAUGAAUGCAUCCUCAACCAGGACCUUCUGGAACACGUGCAAAAAGUCUUUCAGAAGCAAGAGAGCACCGAGGAGAUGUUCCACCGCAGGCAGGCUAGCCUGAAGAAACUGGCAGCCAAGCAGACACGGCCUGUGCAGCCCGUGGCCCCCCGACCAGAGGCGCUAACCAAGUCCCCCUCCCCCUCGCCAGGCUCCUGGCGAAGCUCUGAGAACUCCAGCUCUGAGGGCAACGCCCUCCGCAGAGGGCCCUACAGGAGAGCCAAGAGCGAAAUGAGUGAGCCCCGGCAGGGCCGCACCAGCUCCACAGGAGAAGAGGAGGAGAGCCUGGCCAUCCUGCGCAGACACGUGAUGAAUGAACUUCUGGACACGGAGCGGGCCUACGUGGAGGAGCUGCUCUGUGUCUUAGAGGGCUAUGCUGCAGAGAUGGACAACCCCUUGAUGGCACACCUCAUCUCAACAGGCCUGCAAAACAAGAAGAACAUUCUGUUUGGAAACAUGGAGGAAAUCUAUCACUUCCACAACAGAAUAUUCCUGCGGGAGCUGGAGAGCUGCAUCGACUGCCCAGAGCUGGUGGGGAGAUGCUUUCUGGAGAGGAUGGAGGAGUUCCAGAUCUAUGAGAAGUACUGUCAGAACAAGCCACGCUCCGAGAGCCUGUGGAGACAGUGCUCUGACUGUCCCUUCUUCCAGGAGUGCCAGAAGAAGCUGGACCACAAGCUGAGCCUCGACUCCUACCUGCUGAAGCCUGUGCAGAGGAUAACCAAGUACCAGCUGCUGCUCAAGGAAAUGCUGAAGUACAGCAAGCACUGUGAAGGGGCCGAGGACCUGCAAGAGGCACUGAGCUCCAUCCUGGGCAUCCUCAAGGCAGUGAACGACUCCAUGCACCUCAUAGCCAUCACUGGCUAUGAUGGAAACCUUGGGGACCUGGGGAAGCUGCUGAUGCAAGGCUCCUUCAGCGUGUGGACGGACCACAAGAAGGGCCACACCAAGGUGAAGGAGCUAGCCAGGUUCAAGCCCAUGCAGCGGCACCUCUUCCUUCACGAGAAGGCCGUCCUCUUCUGCAAGAAGAGGGAGGAGAAUGGGGAGGGGUACGAGAAGGCUCCUUCCUACAGCUACAAGCAGUCCUUGAAUAUGACUGCUGUUGGCAUCACAGAGAAUGUGAAGGGUGACACCAAGAAGUUCGAGAUCUGGUACAACGCAAGGGAGGAGGUUUACAUCAUUCAGGCACCAACUCCCGAGAUUAAAGCAGCGUGGGUGAAUGAGAUUCGGAAGGUGCUGACCAGCCAACUGCAGGCCUGCCGGGAAGCCAGCCAGCACCGAGCCCUGGAGCAGUCCCACAGCCUUCCCUUGCCCACGCCAGCCAGCACCAGUCCCACAAAAGGGAGCACAAGAAAUGUCAAGAAGCUCGAAGAUCGGAAGACGGACCCGCUCUGCCUGGAAGGCUGCGUGAGCUCAUCAUUACCAAAGCCCCCCGAGAAGGGCAAAGACGAUGCGGUCCCUAGUUCUACCUCUGAAAGCUCUGCGCUUUCCAGAAAGCGCUUCACGCUGCAGGGCUUGGCUAACCUCAAAGGUCAGAAAGCCUCUCCGACCAGUCCUGACAAAAAAGCUAAGCGGCAUGAAGUAAAGAGCGACCCGACUCCCUUUGGUUUGCGAGGCUGGAGCAAAACAUCCCACUCACUGGAGGCCCCUGAGGAGGACGGAGGCUGGUCCAGUGCUGAGGAGCUCAUCAAUUCAUCCGAUGCUGAGGAAGACGGAGGAGUGGGCCCUAGGAAGCUGGUUCCAGGUAAAUACACAGUGCUGAUGGAUGGUGAGAAAGGGGGCUCUGACACCCUUGCCAUGAGGAGUGGAGAUAUGGUGGAGGUUGUGGAAGAAGGAACUGAGGGCCUCUGGUAUGUUCGGGACCUGACCAGCAGCAAGGAGGGAUGGGUGCCAGCCAGCAGCCUAGCCACCCUCCUGGGCAAAUCCAGCUCAGCCCAGUGUCUGAGCAGCUCAGGUAUGCAGAGAAAAGGGCCAGAGCCGAAGCCUGUCUCCACUGGUUUCCCGCAGACUCCAGCCCAGGGUCAGCCGUGCUGAGCAACUCAUCCAGCUGCAGCGAGGGCUACCCUACUCCCUUCUCCGAGCUCCAGGGGUAGUGGCCAGGCCUCUGUGGCAGGCGCUCAAGGCCACCGUGCAGUAGACCAGCAUGCAAAUCUCUAAGUUUUUUCUUUUUGCUUGGGCUUGCUUAGUUUGGGAGGGGAUGGUGCUCCAAGAUAUCUGGAAACAGGAGGACCUAUCAACCAUGGGCUUCAGAGGACACUGGGGCCUUGGAACCAGGACUCUGCUGCAUAUGCAGAAGGCAGGAGACAACAGUUCACCACCAAAGCUUCUUCAGAGACUCCAGGGUGGACAGAGGCAGGGCUAUGGGUCAGGAGACCCCUUGCAGAAAGAUGGGAGACGGCCCUUUUCCACACAUGCACAGCCAGCAGCCCCUGCUAUACAGCCUCUCCACGGUGUCCUGGCCUCUCUGGUGCUUUCUACGGGAACAUCAUCCUGAGGAAGCCACUUCUAACCGGAGUAAAGAGUUUGCUACCAACAGCCUAAGAAGGGGAUCAAGGGACUCUUGUCUUUUAUAAGUUUUUGACUUUUUUUUUAAAAAAAACAAACAAACAGGGAUUAAUCCCAUGGCCAUUUUUCUGUGGUACUCUGGCCUCAAAUCCUAAACCAAGAAUCACUGUGUUUACAUGAAAUGACAAUUUGAUACUGUAUUUGAUAUAAAACUAUUUUUUGUUACUGGGGUUUACAUCAAAGCACGUUGUUUAUACAACUGACUGAUUUCUGGGGCACUCUCACUGAGACCUGGCAGCACAGGUGCUGGAAGGCCUGGUAAGCCAGGGUCCUGUCCUCCUGGUAAGCCCAGGGCGUGUCCUCUUAGCCAGGGGGCGUGUCCUCCUGGUUAGCCAGGGAGGGGCGUGUCCUCCUGGUAAGACAGGGGGCGUGUCCUCUUAGCCAGGGGGUGUGUCCUCCUGGUUAGCCAGGGAGGGGCGUGUCCUCCACUAAAAGCGUUGGAAAUCACUGAGAGUCUUGCAUCUGCAUAGGUUUCAUUUUCACAAGAAAUGUAAAGUAUAAUUUAAAAUAUUAGCCUUCUUUUCUACAAUAUAAAGGAGACUCUCUGUUUUUUUAAAAGAACAUCAUUAAAUUAGGAUAUUUUUAUUAUUUUUAAAGAAAAUGUAAAACUCCAUGCUGUCAGCCAUCCUCAGCAACUCAGGCACAGGCUGCCUCUCCAUGUCAGGGCAGGCCCGACUUCCCCUCCCCGAGUCCCACCCACCUCUGCCCUACAGCAGGAGGGGCUGCAACUGAGCUCAUGGGGGGGGGGGGCCUGCAGCCUCCAUUCAAGUCAGGCAGAACUGCCACAGACUCUUGUUUCCCCCUUUUAUGUGUGUGUUUCAGAAAUCGAUUCUGUUCUUUGGAAACUCUGUGCCGAGUAGGGCAGGUAUUUUUAUACUUGUGUAUAUAUGUUCACGUGUGUACAUAUGAUCUGGUGUAAAGGAUGUAUUUAUGGUCUCACGCUGCUGAACAUGUGUCACUUUACGGUCCCUCCCUGUCUCCUCACCCCGCUGCCAUGGGAGGCCACCGAGGCUCGUUCACCACUGUAUGUCCAGGAAAACCACCCUCUUCCCUGCCCUAUGGCUUGCAAAGCCAUUACUGGCUACACCUUCAGAGAAUGGUAAUUAAAUAAAAACGUGCAAAGACUA